UCCGUCGCUCCUCCGGUCAGUUUCAAAGUUCAGUGUUGGUUCGCUGUGAACCGUGCAGCCACAGAUUUAUAAAGUGCAGCAGCAUGUUUCACAGCCACAGCUGAGAUUUUAAGCAGCGGUGAAUUCAGAGGUGAGCUGGAAACAUCUUCACGACUCUUUAAAGCUUCCUGGUGUUACAGUGCGCUGAGCUCAGAGUUAGCUCCCGCCUCUUCAGCCUCCUGAAGCCUUUCACCUGACGGGCUACAGGUCCAAGCCCCGCCUCCUCAUGGAACACUUUUAUGUCGGGGUGGACGUGGGCACCGCAAGUGUCCGGGCCGCCCUGGUGACCAGAGGAGGUCAGCUGAGGACCACCGCACAGGAGCCCAUCAGUAUCUGGGAGCCCCGGUCCGAACACUUCGUCCAGUCCUCCGCAGAGAUCUGGCAGAAGUGCUGCUCAGUCAUAAAGAGAGUGACUCAUGGCGUGAAGAGGAACCAGGUUCGGGGGAUCGGGUUCGAUGCCACCUGUUCUCUUGUGGUUCUGGACAAGAACUUCCAGCCGGUGUCGGUCACUCAGGAUGGGGACACACAGAAGAACGUGGUGAUGUGGAUGGACCACCGUGCUGCAGAGCAGGCCGCUCGUAUAACAAACACCAAGCACAGGGUCCUGAGCAGGGUGGGAGGGGUCAUGUCACCUGAGAUGCAGCCCCCUAAGCUUCUGUGGCUCAAAGAGAACCUGAAGGAGAGCUGUUGGGACAAAGCAGUUCACUUCUUCGAUUUGCCAGACUUUUUGUCUUGGAAGGCAACAGGCUCCUUAACAAGGUCUUUAUGUACUCUGGUGUGUAAAUGGACAUACUGCCCCCCAGAAGGAUGGGAUACCAGUUUCUGGACAAGCAUUGGACUGGAGGACCUUCUGGAAAAUAACUUCUCUAAAAUAGGCAGCGUGACCUGUCCACCAGGGAGUCCUCUCAGAGAAGGUCUGACUGCGGAGGCUGCAGCAGAUCUGGGUUUGACCCCAGGAACAGCCGUCGGUGCUUCUCUCAUUGAUGCUCACGCUGGAGGCCUAGGUGUGAUAGGUGCUGACGUGCGAGACUUUAACUUGCCCUGCGAGCAGCAGCCAAUAACGUCGCGCCUGGCGAUGAUCUGUGGGACGUCCUCUUGUCACAUGGCGAUCAGCAAGGAGCCCCUGUUUGUGCCGGGGGUGUGGGGUCCCUACCUGUCUGCCAUGGUGCCAAGCCUGUGGCUGAAUGAGGGUGGACAGAGCGCCACAGGAAGGCUGAUUGACCACAUUGUGAAGGGCCACGCUGCCUACAGUCAGCUUCAGGAUCUGGUCCAGCAGAGUGGUGCUGUUGCAGGUGAAAACAUGUACUCCUACCUGAACAGACACCUGAGUCUGAUGGUGGACUCGGGUUCUUCUGUGGACCUGCUGGGAUCCAGCCUUCAUGUGUGUCCGGACUUCCACGGGAACAGGUCACCGCUGGCUGACCCGACGUUAAAAGGCAUGCUGGUGGGACUGUCUCUCUCCCAAACUCUGGAUGACCUGGCCCUGCUUUAUUUGGCUACCAUUCAAGCUCUUGCUCUUGGUACGCUUCAGAUUUUGGAGGCCAUGAAGGAGGCAGGACAUGACAUCAGCACCCUCUUCUUGUGUGGCGGCCUGAGCAAAAACAGCCUGUUUGUGCAGAUUCAAGCCACUGCUACAGGAAUGCCUGUAGUGCUGCCAGAUCAGAUGGAAGCUGUUUUAGUUGGAGCAGCAGUGCUGGGGGCGUGUGCGUCACAGGACUACAGCUCAGUGCAGGAGGCCAUGGAGAAAAUGGCUAAAGUGGGCAGAGUUGUUCAUCCUGACCUUCAUCUAAAGAGCUUCUAUGAGAGAAAGUACAAAGUGUUCCUGCAGCUGAUCUCCCACCAGAGGGAGUACCAGGCCCUGAUGGAGCAGAGAUGACGGUGCUGAUGGGAGGAGGCGGAGCUCACAGUGAGGACCUGCGAAUGCACCAGGAACUGAAACAUGCAUCUUAACCCCGCAGCUCUCUUUUUUUUAUAAGAACAAUGCUCAGUACCACACAGGAAACCACUUCAUGAGGUUUGGUUAGUUCUGAAAAUGUGAUUAGUUGCAGAAACAAACAGGAAGUCAAACAAACCAAGCCGAUUACAAAGUCAGGUCCACUGCUGAUAUUUUUGCCUAAAUCAAACAAGAACAAACAUCAGUGUCAUCUUCACGUGCAUUCCUAAUAAAAGAUUGCUGUAAGAAAAAAAAA